AAUAUCAGUGAAAAUAGCCUCUGUGUGCUUUAGAAAAGUGCCCUGCAUAUAUAUUCUUUAGAAAAUUAACCAAAUUCAUAUAAUACUGUAUUUCGGUGCAUCAUUUUGACACUGCUUGGCUUAUUAAAUUGCACCCUCUGCAUUGCUAUGUUAUUGCUUUAAUUCACCACUAUAAUCAUACUUUAAGAUCUGCACCUCUUUAAAAAGACAUUCAGUUAUUCCACAUUUUUCCAGCUAGAAUAACCACAUAAAAAGUCUUUAAAAACUCGGUGAACUCCAACUCCAACCAUUUAUUUUUCCUACUGUUCCAAGAAAACAGAACGGUCAUGAUUGAGUAUUUAAAUGGCCUUGGGAGACAUCCAAGAUAUCUGUAUAAGAAGUUUAGAUGAUCAGGUCUGCUAUUUACAAAGGACUUUUUUUACUUGAAAGGUGGUUCCAGUUUAUCCAGUUGCUGCGAAAGUAUCCCUGUUAAAAGCCUUAGAUAAACUUGAGAUUUUAGAGGAACACUUAUCCCUUAAAAUAGUACUCUGUCCUCUCUUUAUUGCUUUAAUAUGUUGCUUUUUUAAUUAAUAGAAACAUCUUAAAUAAAUAAAAGUUUCAUAUGGCCAUCUAAUUGGAAAAGGUAUAUUCAAAGGUAAGCAGUUGUUUAUGAGUUAUUGAGAGGUAACGCUCAUUCUUAACAGAUACCAAAUUAUGCAACAUCCAUGCUGUGUUUGCUUGGAUUUUACGGAAAGAACAACAGGAGCUUUCUUGAUUAUUGUCUGCAGGGUUAUUGCAAAAAUCAUAGCAACUGCCCCCUUUAGUGGAGAGAUUAAACUUUUGGUUAUACACCAUCAAGCAUAUAAUAUUUUAAAUUUAUUUUAAGAGGCUUUUUCUUCAUGCCUGAAAGACCUCUGAACAAAUAAUUUAUAGUUCAGAUGUAUCAGAUGUUUGGUUUUUUGGGGGGAGCUGCUUAGUUUAAAUGCACAUAAGCUGCCAUCAGAGCAUAAGGAGGACAGGGAGGGAGACUCAAGGCCAUCUCAUGCUCAUCAUAUUAAAUUGUGACCAUCGGUUUGUAAAAAACAGUUUAAAGCUAAUAUGUUUUUCUACUGUUUAAAAUUCAGAGGCUGCAUUAAUUUCCAGUAAGACAGAUAUUAUAGUGGUGUCUAUUGGUGCUCCUGGAAUCAAGCUUUCUUAGCACUUUCAUACUGUACUUCUAACUGCUGCAGAACCUUUGUCUGAAAAAUGUAGUAUAUAAUGAAAUCUGGUGUAAAAACUGCCUACAGAGUGCAGCACUGCGCUGCUUUCUUCCUGGCUGAUGUUCUGAUGUAACAGCUGAGCCCAAAAAGAAGAGGGGCUUCAUUUUUGGAAACAAUUUCACACAUUCCCACAUAAUUCACCUCCACUUCCUAUCUCAAUGGAAAUGGAGGUGACUCCUUGUGAGGCAACUAGGCCAAUGGUUCCUUCCUCUAAUCUGGUCAAGCUUAAUUAGCAAGAUGAGGCAGAAUGGGAAGGUGUAUCUCCUAUGGACAGCAAUGCAAAGUGGUUGGGAUCUAGAUGUUGUAUUGUCUGACUCAGAAGAGAAGGAUGAAUGCAGGCCAGUGCCAGAGCAUAUAUUUGCAAACAGAUGACCUCCUAUUCAGUCUCUGCCAUUUCUUCUUAGAACAAUUUUUUCAGGGCCAAAGGUUGUCUUUAGCCUUCAACAUCCUGGGGACACCUGCCAUAAAGUAGUGGGAAGAAGGUUGAGAGUGACUAUGAAGCACUUGAGGGACGACUCAGUACGCUGCCAGACAAACUUUCAUAUGAUAUCAUGGUCCCCUUUGGCCCCCUUGCUUUCAUGCCAGGAAGACUUGUUCACACCAAUGAGAUUACAGUUCUUCUUGGGGACAACUGGUUUGCAAAAUGUUCAGCAAAACAGGCCAGUGGUCUAGUGGAACACAGGAAAAAACGUGUAAGAAAAAUGCUGGAUGAUUUGGGAAAAGUAAUGAAGAAUUUUGAAUCCAGAGCUGAAUUCACUGAAGAUUUGCAGAGAAUGAGUGAUGCAGCAGGUGAUUUUGUUGAUAUCAGAGAAAUAGCAGAAAGUGAUGACUCUGAAACAAAAGGAAAACGCAGAACUGCUCACAAACCUCAUUCAAAACCGAAAACACAUGCAUUCAAGGCAAAUCUUUACGAGAGUGAAACCGAUAAGAAACCCAAUGGGGACUUAAAAUCAGAAGAAGACCUUUGGGCCCGACUUGAUGAACUUGAAAGACAGGAACAAAUCCUUGGUGAACUCAACAGGAUUUCUGAUACUCGUGAUGCAAAUGGAGAAGGUGCCUCUUCCUCUGAAGAAGAGAGAGAAGACAAAAAGUUAAAUCUGGAUGUAGUUCACAAGGAAGAAGAACCUAAUACUCAGGGCAACUUUCAGAAAGAAGUAACCGACUUUGACUCAUUCAGAAGUCAGGUUAAUGGCCCAAAUCAUUACUGCAGUGAUGAGGAGGAUGAUUCAGCCAUUACUGAGAAUGCUGUGCCAACGAUAUAUUUCUCCCACACUGUGGAACCUAAAAGGGUACGAAUAAACACAGGAAAAAAUACUACUUUAAAAUUUAGUGAAAAGAAGGAAGAAGCAAAACGGAAACGGAAGAAUAGCAAUGGAAAUGGACAGGUGACUACGGAACUGCCAAACAUUAAAACACCAGCAGAUAUUUAUCGAGUCUUUGUUGAUGUUGUGAAUGGAGAAUAUGUCCCUCGUAAAUCAAUUUUGAAGUCUCGAAGCCGGGAGAAUAGUGUCUGUAGCGAUACCAGCGAGAGCAGCACUGCUGAGUUUGAUGACAGACGAGGAAUUCUGAGGAGCAUCAGCUAUGAUGAAGCUACCCACAGCGAUAACAGUGAAGGCAUCUUGGAAGAGGAGGAGGAACAAGGGGAGCAGGACCCCCUUUCCAGAAAAGCACCUCCCUUGUCAGGAAUGCAUGAGGCUUUCUCAGGAACAGUUGUCGAGAAGGAACCUUUGUCACCCUCCUCAAUACCACAUCCAGUAAUUGCUCAUCCUGUCCUGCCAACCAUUUUGGAGCGAAAAUCUGAGGAAGUUCUCUGUGAGGCUUCAGAAGAAGUAACAAAGAGAGUUUCAAAAUUCAAAGCUGCCAGAAUGCAACAGAAAAGCUAGAUCCCAUAUAAACAGUGGAAGUUGUUCAUUUUCAUGAAAACGAGUGGCAAGAAAUGGCUUAUGUCUAGCUAGUAAGAUGGCAGAUUGCCUUGAUUUAAUAUUGUUCAUGCUUAGACCUCUUAUUGAUAUUUCUUUUAAAAAAAAAAAUCUGUGAAGAAGCAUUUCAAAGGUCUCCUUAUUUUCUUAAUAUCCCUGUGUGCAGUCAGCACCUUUAUACAUGUUUGCCUUAUGAUAACAGACAUGGAAUAAUUUUCAAAAGAAUAAUCUUCAUAAAGCUUUUUGGUUGUGCGCAAUCCUAAAUACAAGCCGUUUUGUACCAGAUGUGAUGUUCUAAAUACCAUAUGGGCUAUUUGAAAGAAAGUUUGCAACUUUCAGAUAGAACCAACAAUUCUAUUUCAUGACUUGCUUUAGCGUUUUAAGGCCCUCUCUCAUAUCCCUCAUUGUUUUGAAAGGUUUGCUUUUAGGUGUCUGCUGACAAAUCAUUUCUUUCCCACAAGUAGAAAACCUCUGAUAAUUUAGUUGUAUAGAAUCUAUGAAACAGAAUGCUGUGUUCAUGUAUUUUGCAGGGAUGUUUCUUUGAAAGGGAAAAAAUGUAUUUUGUAAAAUUAAACUUUUCGAGUAAAAAUUGAA